AUGGACUGGAUCAAGAAACUGAGCCUCCUCACGGUCUUGCUCUGCAUCUACAUUGCCCUCACCAACCCGAAUGCCGAUACCAUGAGGAAGAACUCACCCUCGGUUCUCUGGUUCCCGCCUCCCUCGCGCUUCACUAGGAAUCUCUCGUCUCGGUUGAUGUCAUGGCCUCAACCGUACGACGGCUACCUCAAUGGAGUUGACUCGGCGACGCGUGACUCAGCUGAGUCGCUCGAGUACGAUUACUAUCGCGAGUCGUGCCCACAAGCCGAAAAGAUCAUCCGAGAGACAGUCCGGCAAAUCUACGGUGUUCAUUCGGGUGUCGCUCCCGCUCUGUUGCGGCUUGUCUUUCACGACUGCUUCAUCAAGGGAUGCGAUGCUUCCGUUUUGUUGGACUCGACCGAAGUGAUGAACGCAGAGAAAGAUACGCCUCCAAAUGAGACACUGAAGGGUUUUGACGUCAUCGACGUCAUCAAGGCCGAGAUCGAAGAGGUCUGCCCCAGUGUCGUAUCGUGCGCGGACAUUCUUGUUUUGGCGGCCAGAGAAGGCCUUCUCAUGGCUGGAGGUCCAUUCUAUCCCCUGAGCACUGGCAGAAGAGACAGCACGCAUUCAUACGCAGAUCUAGCGACUUAUCAGCUUCCUUCACCAUAUGGAGAUCUCUCCGACACAAUCGCAUCUUUUGGAUCAAGAGGAUUCGAUGAAAGAGAGAUUGUCAAUCUGCUCGGAGCUCACAGCAUCGGAGUGAUUCACUGCAAAUCGUUCCAGAGUCGUCUCUACAAUUUUUCCGGGACUAACGAACCUGACCCAUCUCUAGAUGCUGGAUUCCUCGACCUAAUGAGAUCCAAAUGCAGCAAGAGUGUCUCAGCGUCUCCAUCGCUGUCUCCGGCUCCAUCAUCAUCCAAAAGCUCGUUUGACUUCUCGAAUUUGACAUCUGAAGAGCCCGGUGUAGUGAUGAACUAUGAGGGGCUGAGUUCUGGUUUCGGGACUCUCUACUACCAUAGGCUGCUGCAAGGUAAAGGGGUUCUCUAUGCGGAUCAACAGCUCAUGGUGGGAGAAGAAACGGGGAGUUGGGUCAGAGCAUACGCCUCAGAUGUCUCUUUGUUUCGCAGAGAUUUUGCUGAGACCAUGAUGAAGCUGUCGAACCUCCAAGUCCUAACUGCUCCUAAUGGUCAGGUUCGACACAGUUGUUCAAAGGCUGCUUGAGGAAGAGAAGACGGAAGAAUGGUGCUUUUUCCGCACUGCCAGCUUGCAUCAUACUGAAUGUGCCUGAGUUUUGCUCUUUCUGAUGCCGGGAAUGCAGAUUGUAAAUGACAGAAUAUAGGUGCUCGAAUGAAUCCUCUAGUGAAGACGUCUUUUCACUUGCAAUUGUACCAAUAAUAGCUCUUGUAU